AUGCCGUUACACACACCGGUUCAUCGUGAUCCUAAAGAUAAAGGUGGAUUAGGGGUAGACUAUAAAGAAGUUAGAGGUCCAUUUAUUGGAAUCAACUACAAUCGGAAAAAUAAGAAUAACACGACUCAUCCUAAUCAAAGCAAGGAUAAUGCACCUGCUGGUCGGACAAAUGAAUUUCGCAUUAUUGAUGAAACUCCAGCAGGAAUUCAAAACACUGAGACAGGGCGAAAACUUACUAAAACGGUUGAAGCAAAUCAGGAAUUUACUCAAACACAAUUUAAGAAAUUGGAGUCAAGGAUCACAGAAAAUGGGCCUCUGAUAACUCCAAGGAAUUUGUUUGGAACUCCAGUUUUAUCUGCACUUCCUGGGUUUGCCCCAUUUGGCACGACGAUCCCAACUGCAUCCCGAAAUUUUGGGAGUAACAUCCCACAAAAUACGCAGGCUGCUGGCACCUCUGCUAAUGCGGGAUCAGGUUUAUUUAAUACUAAUAAUUUUACUAGAUCGUAUGGAUACACUAACCCAUUGCAGGAACAAGGAACAAACGAAUAUAUUGCGAGAGAAUUUCAGAAAAUUAAGGAAAUGAUUUCGAGUGUUCCUGGAUUUUGCAAUCCAAUUCCAGAAGUCAAUCCUACUUCUUAUCUCAUUAAUAGAUACGGGGAUAGGAUUGCAAAUGUGGAAAUUCCAAAGAAAUUCCAAGUGCCAAAUAUUAAGCCCUAUGAUGGAACUUCCGAUCCACAAGAGCAUGUUGCAUUGUAUCUGGAGAAAAUGGAGACUGUGCCCAUUCCCUACAACCUGAAGGAAGCUUGCUUAUGUAGAAGCUUUGGCUCCACAUUGACUGGCUCAGCCUUAAAAUGGCUGCAGAGUUUGCCUCCUCAAUCUAUAAACUCUUUUGCUGAUUUAACUAAUUUGUUUAACAGUCAAUUUUCAUGCAGUGGAACUUUUGAGAAAUUAACUGAUGAUUUAUACAAAAUUACUCAAAAACAGCAUGAAUCACUUAGAGACUUUAUGACUAGAUUUACUAAAGAAUCUCUUAAUAUUCCUAAAUUAGAUAUGUUAACUGCUAUCCAAGCUUUGCAGAGAGGCCUUCACCCUGGAUCCAAAUUCCAAGAAGACCUUAUAAUGACCCAAUGCAGAAACUUGGAUGAGGCAAAGGCUAGAGUAGCAAGAUUCAUCAGACUUGAAGAAAAUGAACUAACAACAGCAAAACUGGAUGCCUUAUCUUACGAUUGA